GUGGGGGGGCACAGCAAUCCACCACAGCGAGACUUGGGGGCUGUCGCUGGAGAGUGGGGAAGAGUCCCGUUAGUGUCGGCGCCAAGCGGAGGGGCACGGGGACUUAAAAGGGGAGAGGGAGCUCGGUCACUUUCCCUCCUUUCUCCCCUCCCGAGCUCAGCUGUAGAAAAAUAUGGGAGACGACAGGCCGUUUGUGUGCAGUGCCCCUGGCUGUGGACAGAGAUUUACCAAUGAAGACCACCUGGCUGUUCAUAAACUCAAGCAUGAGAUGACAUUGAAAUUCGGUCCUUCCAGAACAGAUUCCGUCAUCAUAGCAGAUCAAACUCCAACACCAACACGUUUUCUGAAGAAUUGUGAGGAAGUUGGUCUCUUCAAUGAGUUGGCAAGCUCAUUUGAACAUGAAUUCAAGAAAGCCUCAGAAGACGAUGAGAAAAAGUGUUCUGGUCCUCUAGAUAUGUCUCUUCCCUCUACCCCAGACGUCAAAAUCAAAGAGGAAGAGCCUGUUGAAGUGGAUUCUUCUCCUCCAGACAGCCCAGUAGAGAGUCCACAGUCACCACAGCCUAAGGAGAAGGAGAGCGUUUCAAAACCUAUUAUCAUUUCUACACCUACUCCAACUAUUGUACGUCCUGGAUCUCUGCCACUGCACUUGGGAUAUGACCCCCUACAUCCAACUCUCCCUUCUCCAACCUCAGUCAUCACCCAGGCUCCACCUUCCAACAGGCAGCUCGGGUCUCCUACCAGUUCUGUACCACUUGUCAUGCACCUUGUGAAUGGACAGACUAUGCCGGUCCUUCCUGGCCCACCCGUUCAGAUGCCUUCUGUCAUAUCGCUGGCAAGGCCGAUGCCUAUGGUGCCAAACAUUCCUGGUAUUCCUGGUCCCCCGGUUAUCAGCAGUGGCUCAAUUUCACCAUCAGGCCUUCCAGGACACUCUGAAGCUAAAAUGAGGUUAAAAGCCAGUCUGACGCAAGGAGUUACUUCCUCACUAAACGGCAGCAGCAUGAUGGUGGGAUCAGCGAGCACAAUGGUGACUUCCCAUCCUGAACAGGGUCAGAUACUUAUCCAGCACCCUGAUGCACCUUCUCCAGCCCAGCCGCAGGUUUCCCCAGCUCAACCCACACCAAGUACAGGUGGCCGACGGAGACGCACAGCAGAUGAAGAUCCAGACGAACGCAGGCAGCGUUUCUUGGAGCGAAACCGUGCUGCUGCCUCCCGCUGCCGCCAGAAACGCAAGCUCUGGGUGUCGUCCUUGGAAAAGAAAGCAGAAGAGCUCACCACACAGAACAUCCAACUCAGUAAUGAAGUUACAUUAUUAAGGAAUGAAGUUGCGCAACUCAAACAACUAUUGUUGGCUCACAAGGACUGCCCUGUCACUGCAUUACAGAAGAAAACACAAGGUUAUCUUGAAAGCCCCAAAGAGAGUUCUGAGCCCACCGGUUCUCCAGCUCCUGUCAUCCAGCACAGUUCGGUGACUGCAUCUCCCAAUGGGCUGAACGUCCGCUCUGCAGCUGAAGCCGUUGCCACUUCAGUCCUCACUCAGAUGGCCAACCAAAGGACAGAACUAAACAUGCCCAUGCAGUCACAUGUCAUUAUGGCGCCGCACUCCCAGUCUGCUGGCAGAUGAUGUCGCCAGUUGCAUGGCAUAGAACUAACCAAUGAACUGCAGCCAGAGAGACUGAUCAUAACUAAGCCCCUUGUUCAAAAUGGGGUGGAUACAGUUUUUGUUUUGUUCAUUUUGUUCAUUAUUAUUUUGAUUUCUUAAAAAUGAGUGAAGGGCAGCUAUGGAGCUUCUAACAAAGUAUAUCUCACAUAGGUCCUGGCCUCAAACAUCUAUCAUAGGGCCAUCGUCUUUCCAGAGGGUGGCUUUGGAAAAAGUCAUUUUGCCACACUUUAGAGACCAUUUCUCACCAUUUCUCACUAGAAUCAACCAUUUGGAUAGCCUUAUACAGUGUGAUCUUAAAUGGUUAAAGUCCAGGUAUACAUUGUGCUAACACUAAGCCUCCCUUAGUUUGGUUAUUCAUGGUGCUUCUUUGUCUUGGCUACUAUAGCAAGAGAAAGCAGUUCUUGGGAGGUGCUGUGAUGUUUUGCUGGUGCUGGCCAUUUUUGUGGAAAACUUUAGCAUCCUGACUGUUUUUGUAGCCUAUCCAUCAACAUGGUACCUGACCUUCCAUUCUACACUUUCACACAGGAUACCAGCUCGUGGCUCUGAAGGUGGUAAGCUCCAUAAUUUGGUCGGUUUGAACUGUUCAAAUUGUUUUGUGAAGAGAGUAAGAAACCUUCACUCUUAGCUGCUGCAACUGACGGGUGAUUUUGCUGUUCUGGAAGAGAAAAUGGCAGGCCUGUUGUAUGCAUUGUAGAUCACAUAAUUUGUACUAUGCAUAUUAUCAGGGAUACAUUUUUUUGGUCAUGUUGUUAUCUGAUACAAACUUUCAUUUUUGUAGUUCAAGAGGAAGCCUUCAAAACACAAUGGGAAUUCUUUGAUUUUUAGGUUACCAGGGGGUGGGGGGAGCUAAGGCGUAUUUCAAUAACGAGAAGGAAGAACAUUCACAAGGGCACCUCUUACUUCAGGGGUGUCAAACUCAUGUCGUCACGGCAGUGUCACGUGAUAUAUCGGGACUUUUUCUCCCUUUGUUAAACCGGGCAUGGGCAUGGCCAACACAUGACGCAUCCGGCCUGCAGACCGGGAGUUUGAUAGCCCUGCUUUACUGUGUCUAGGGGAAAAAAUAGAAUAAUUCAUACCAGUGUUUCUCACCUUGUCAACUUUAAGAUGUCUGGACUUUUAGUAGUUGCAGAAUCAUAAGCAUUACAGUAGCAGGUUCAAAGUUACACAGUGCUAAGCUACAGGAUGUAGCUAAACAAAGUUGUUUGGAGACAACAUAAGAGUUAACUCAAUGGCAAAGAAACAGGAAAAAGUAUUUCUGUUUGCAAAUGCUAAAGAUUCAAUACUCUUAUAAGCCAUGUUCAUUUCAAAAGCUAAGCUGAUACGUUUAACCAGUGAGCUUUUCAAGAUUGUGGCCUUAAAUCAUGGACUAUUUCAAAGACAAAGAGGAUGGGAACAAACAUUCCAAAUUGCUUCCCCUCUUACUAUUUUUUUUUUUUUUUGGUCAAAGGUUUUCCAUUCUAUUUCUCCUUCAGAUGAUGUCACCUAUUGUCUUUUUCCAUCUGUCUCUUCCAAAAUAAAUACCAAGUUUCUUGCACAUUGCUAUCAUAGGGUAGAUUGAAAACAAAAAAGAAGAAUUGGAAGUAAUCUCUCCCUUUUUCUUCUGCUUCUUGUCAAAGUGUGUGCAUGUGCAUCUUGGACUGACCUUGACCUCUUGCUAGUUGGCCAAUGUUUAAGCUUGAAUCACAAUCAGAGGAAAAGGUGCAGAGUGGUAGUUAGAGUGUAGCUAUGCAACUUGCCAACUCUUCCACUAUUUUGUCUUCCUAAUUAUGUGUCUUUUGUUUAAAUAAAACAUUGUCCUCAAAGGGGCUGUGUACUGUGUGCUGCCAGUCUAUACAAAAAAAAUUAUUAUUCCUCAAUUUCCACCCAAUAGAAAGCACACAUAUAAUACACACACAAAUGCACAUGUCUAUGUAUGUAUGUGUAAUUGUAUAUGUGGCAUGCUAAACUUAAUGCAGGUUUUCUGUUAUUGGUGUUGCUUUCAUCACGAUCAACCCAGCUUCUCAGGACCUUAAUGUCACUUGCUCUCCAACUGUUUCCUUGUCUGAAUAUGAUGCUGUUGCUUCUUGUUCUGUUCUUCUGUGAGAAAGCGAUGCUUAAUUUUAAUUUCUCCUGGGUUCCUUUUCCUUUCCCCUUUGUUUAAAAGAAGCAAAAUGUGUUUUGAAUUUCUGCAGACUUCCUUUUAACAAGCAUUUCAGACGUCCUGUCACUUGUCUUCUUCCCCCUCCCCCCACCUUUUCCUUGUUCCCUUGAUAUGCUAAAAAUGCAAGUUGGCAAGGGCUUUGAAGUAUAACUUGUCCCAACAGGGUAUCUGUUUCCUUAGUGACAGCUCCAAUAACAGUGCACAGCAGGUGUAGCCAGGAUCUUCUCAGGUUAAUAGGACAAGAAAUGAGCUUGCUGGCAAGUGGGACAGAUGAUAAGGUAUUUUAGUUUUCUUUUUUUUUUAAUUUAUGUUACUUUUUUGUACCUUUAGAAACAUAACUGUGCUGCAUUCUUUCAUUUAAAAAAGAACACUUCAGAAUUCUGCUUGUUGUUGAAUGAAUGCAAUACAGGUCUAGAGAAAGGACUGUAGAAUUUUGGUUUCUCAUAUUUUCCAUUGAAAAGUAAGGGCUCACAAUAGCAUUGAAUUUACUAUCUGGGACCUAGAUUCUCAUUGACAACUAGUGUUUUGCUAUGAGAAAGAACAAAUGAAGCUGUCAGUUGCACUAUUGGCCAACCUAAUUCAACACUAUCCUUGGUAGCAUUGUGGGAAUGCUAAGAAACCUGGAAAGGAAGUAUGAAUGUAUCAACAUUUGCAAGUGAAUGAUAGGUAGAGACUUGCCAAAGGGAGGUUAAAUUUUGGGUGGAUUUCCUUCCAUAGUUCAAAAUGACACCAAAAGAUAGGUAUGGCCCAGCAUUGUUCUUUCUCAAUGAAUAUAUAGUUCCCUCCAAGAGUUGUAUAGUUGAGACACAGAGCAUGACUCAGUAAACCCUAAUAAUUCAGAGCUGUGGCUUAAGAAUAAUCCUCAAACUUAAAGAAGGUCUUUCUUUAUUUGGGGCUGUGAGAUAAAAACCCCAAAUCUUUCUCUUAGAUGGGAACCUUGUUUUAGAGCAAUUGGCAAUUUUGCCUGGAACUUUCUAUAUGAAAAUCAGUUGGUCUUUAAUAUGCUAUAAUCUCUCUCCUAAUUGGAUGUGAGGCUGCUUUAGUUACUUUUAGGCAGGGACGUAAAGCAUACUCCCUCAACUUGGCACUCUCUGGAAGGGCUGGAUGGGAUCAAGACUGUAACGGACAAAGGAGAAUAUUUGUAGCUCAGGGUUGAAACAAGGAGUCCUUGAUGCUCCUUGAACUAGACUGUUUUCUUGCAGAGAGCACCAAGGACCCUUGGCUAUCUUGGCUGGAAUGAUGGGAGUUGUGAUCCAUCACAUUUGAAUAUGCCAAGCUGAGGAAGGAUGAUCAUUAUUAAAGAUCAUGUGACAUUGGGGUGGCCUUCCCUCUGCCUUAGUUCGUGAUCUGUGCUGCUUGCUGUUCGGUCAUUGUCACUCAGCCUGGUUCACUUAAUUCUGUUGCAGAGUAGACAAAUGUUGAAUCUUCAGUCAAUGUGAGAGUUGUGCUCAGGCUCUGAGACAGUAAGAAGAAGUGACCUUAACACUCCAGGCACAGGUAAGAGGGCUUGUGGAAAGGACCUGAUUUGAUGGGUCUGGUAGAAUGCGCAAGCUGCUUCUUAUGGGGGACAUACUGUGGUUCAAAAUCAAGGAGUAUAAUAUAAAAGAGCUUUCAUAAAAAGCGUCUCAUUCCAUUAGCCUACCCUAAAAGAACAUGACUGCAGCCCUGUUCCAGGAGCUCCCUGCCUCAGUGCUCCAGUACUUCGGAAUAAGAAGGGAGUGUAGCAAACAAAAGCACACACAGUACAGGCCAAGGGGACAUUCUUAUGUACCCCUGGGAACUCCUGCUAAAACUGGAUAAAUUCCACUCUUCUGUUAGAUUAAGCCAAUCAGCCAGCCAGAGUCUCUGCGUGACAAAAUGGGUGGCAGAUAAAUUUAAUAAAUGAAGAAAUAGAUUAAAGUAUCAUGCUGUUAGAGAUGGAGAAAUGUUUGAGGGGAGGGCCUCAAUAAAAUUAGAAACCAUAUCCACCUUGUCUAUUGGACUCUGCUGUAUCCUCAACCAAAAAUUGCCCAGCCUAGUACAAAUAGAGCCUGUGAACAGAAUUGAAAUUAUUUUAUCAUUAUUAUUUUUUAAAGUAUUUGAAGGAAAUAAUUUUUCUUAUAGCAUUUUAAAAUUAAACUCUGCUUUGCUGUCCCCUUUUCCAUGUACUUGCAUGUGGAUUGUAACAGUUCCCUUAGUACGAUUCUGUGCUCCUAACGAUUAUUAAAAAUGAAGCCACAUUCUGCAUGUUGCUUUAGUUCCUGCUAUUCAAUACCUGCCUGGUUAGAAUAGUUCCGGAGUUACAAAAUUCGGGCUGUAUAAAUAACUUCUGCUGCAUGGAAUCACAGUAAGAGGUGGUUCUUAUAAGGCCACUGAGUUAUGUGAAGCAUUGGUCAGACUGUGAUCAGUCCUCUAUAUGUAGCUGACACAUUGGUUGUCAGAAAGCUUUAAUAAACAUAUUAAAACUCAUAACAUCAGCAAUUGGGUUUGUAGCAAGGAUCUCUCUAGUCAACUUCAGAUGAUGGCCAAGUUGUUGUCUAAAAAUAUUUUCUUUCAAGUAAGCAAAGAAUUCUUGAGAUUGAGAGCAGGGUAAGGUGUGAUCCUGUCAAGUACUCUUCUAGCUUGGAGAAAAUAUUAGCUGUGCAUGGUAUGCUAAGGCUGAUCUACAUAUUCUAGAGCAAUGAGUCUCAUUUUAUUUCAGCUUAUUUUCUGAUUGUACCAAGGAAGUGCAUUCUGGGCUCAAUCCCAUAUUUAUAAGAAAUUACUAUUCUAAGUGUGUACCCUUCCAAUCUGCCAAUUGACCAGGGGCCACAUGUCUGUUACUGAACCCUUUAACAAAAUUUUGUGCCUUGUGCCUUGUAGCAAAGAAAGCAAUCUGGGAAACCAUACAUAAUUAUACAUACACACACAGACACACACACACACACACACACACGAGAGAGAGAGAGAGAGAGAGAGAGAGUUUAGUACAGCCAUCUGUGCUACUGCAGUGCUACUAUUUUAUGUGCAAAAAGUUUCUUCCAUGAGAGGAAGGUGUACCAUAAUCUUCUAUAAGUACAGAACUUUUCCCAGAACUUCCCAGAACAUGUGAACCUGUCUCUUGGUAAUUAAACGUCAGCAUUUAAUAAGCUUCAUGAGGAAGUUGAUUCUAUAAGCUUUCUUGUAUAGCAGUUUUCACAAAUGGCAAUGCUUGGGCUGGAAAGACCCAUAUCAAGGAUCUAUCAAAUCAUGAGUAGAUUUGUUUUAAACACUCCCCGCCCCCAUCUCCAGCAAAUUGCAAACAGCUUUCAUAAUCUUUCCUUUUUCUCUUUGUGGCAAGUGAUUUUUCAUAUGUUCUUCUGAUUUCAUGGAACUACAGUAGUUCAUAAUUAUUGGAUCCAUUCUUGUGUAUGUGGCCUUUUCCUCUGAAUAGUUUCAUUUAUCACUCUAAAGAGAUAUGAAGGUUUUGUAGAACAGAAUCAGGAAACAGCCUUUUAUUGGAUAGGCUCAGAUAUUUAUCUUACCUUUUUUGUUGUUUCCUUUUGAAUUUUACAGUAAUAAUAGUAAAAAAAAACCGCUUUAUUCUGGUAAAUGUCUCUAAUAGUUAUAUGAUACCACUAGUUGCUGCUUAGAGAAAUAUUGCAGUGUGUCCCAGCUCCUUGGGAAAAUGCAAUAUCCCAUUCUGGUUUUAUUGGUAUAGAGUGCCCAUCUCUAUGAGAAACUAUGUUUUACUCAUAGUAGGGGACUCUUUCCCAUAUUAGGCUAAGCAAAAAGUUACAUUAUGGUUCAUAUUUUUCUGAGCCAGGCUUUAUGUCUGUUUCAGUGUAACAGUGUGCAUUUCAGCACACAAGACCUAGGCAGUGGCACUUCCACUAGUAACUCAAAAUCCAUAAGGAUUUGGUGCAAAGAACAUUAUGGCGGUCAUACUUUCCUUAUAAGUAUCAGGGUUUGUGUAGGAGACACUUGCAGCCAAAAAUAGACUUCUGUUAUUGCAACUUCAUUAUGCUCUCCCUACUUCUGGAAAAGCCGCCCCAUGUCACAUUCUCCUGAUUGUACCGGUCCAUUGCCUGUUAGGAACCGGGCUACGCAAGCAGCGCGCGAGUGAGCAAAGCUUCAUCUGUGCAUGUGUGGGAUCUAGAUUGCGCACGAAACCAUCCCUGCUGUCAUAGAAUACCUAUGGACGUAUACAGUAAUCCUUUUGUGUUCCACCAAGCAGCCUGCUAUUGAGUGUAACCGUUGCUUGUUUGCAACUUAUAGAAAAGCUGUAUGUAAUAGAUUCGCUUAUCCAUGCCAAACAGAAAGGGAGAUGAUAAUAGUUGCAUAUAUAAAAAAGAAGAGAGAUUCUGGAACUCAUGAUGGAAAAUUAUUUUGCCCCAAGUGAUCUGUCUCCAGUACACCUGUAGUACUGGCAUAUCAAGGAAUCUUUGAACAGACAGCAAGGAUAGGAAUUACUCAUCGUAUAAAAUGUUGACAGUUAAUGCUUUCUAGUACUUUUUUCUUAGGAUAAUUCUGUGUUAAAUGCAUU